AUGGCGGAAGCACCUCAAAGUAGGAAAGAUGUUCCUGGUGGCGUUGUUAUAAAUAUUCCGAAUUCGGAAAUGCAGUUAGUGCUCAGUAAUGUACCAAAGGAAGGAUCUUCAAUAGAUCUUCUAUUGGAAGAAGUUAAACAGCUACGUAUUCAAAUGAAUGACAUACAAAACUACCUAAAACCCAAAAAUGAUAUGACCAGCGGAAUAUUUACGCUUCCAGAUGAAAUAUUAUCAUUGAUUUUAGAAUAUUUGAAUCAAAUGGAUACAAUUCACUUAGCUUUAACUCAUCGAUUCUUUGAUGAGGUCUGUAAGGAGAAAUUAUUUAGGUCAAUUUAUGUCUACGAUAAUAGCGAAGACAUCGUGAUAAAUAUUCCAAAGAAGUUAUAUUUACCAUUUUAUAUCAAGCAAACGAUAAUAGACUUGGAUACGUUUUUUCGAUUACUAUCAAGCACUCACUACAAACCCGAGUUAGUUAAGAGCAUACUUUUUGCAAAUGAUAAUAUUGUGAACCACAUGACGUUGGACUCUAUUGUUAAAAAUGCCACAAGUUGUAGCAUUAGGUUUAGGGAUGUUGUGCACGAUGACACCAAAUCGUGGCUAUUCAACCAUCAGAAAACGACUGCUUCCGAUUAUUACUUGUAUACAUAUAGUUUCAAAAAGACGAACCCUCGAGAUAUCCCAGAGGGAGUACGACUUAUAACUGCGGAACCAUUCUUCGGGAGGGUUAUAACGGAAAGAGCUAUGUCAAACAUGAAAAGAUUGAAGAGCAUCAAACUAGCUAACCCGCCCUCAUUUAAUGUUGAUGAACCGAUUGUAGUAGACGAAUUAUAUUUGAUAGCAAAUGGAGCCACCCCAGUACGUGAUAUUUUGAAAUGGUUUGAUCUCCUGAAACUUUCAAGAUUAAAAAUCUUGUGUAACCAGGAAGCAUUUUCAGAUAGAAUAUGCGCUUUGGCAUCUGAAUUGAAAUCACUCCGAGCUGUGGAACUUGACUUGCGAACAUGGGAUAAGUGGCGCAAGUUUACGGAAAUGUUGAAAUGUGAGUCUUUACAAGAAAUUUACUUCCCUCCUUCUCUUGCCUCAUUAGAACAGUUCAAGGAGCUUGAGGAGCUUCCAUUCAAACAUCUGUAUCAUUUGAAAAUAAUAAGUUUCUCGUCAAUGGAAGAACAUACGACUUACCAAGGUGGAUGGGAUGCUUGGAAGAGGCUCUGUGGACCAGCAGAUAGCAUUGAAGAGGUUUCGAAGAAAAUUUUGGAAAGUAUGCAUCCAGGUCUUUUCGGCUCUGUAGAAACGAGGUUUCACGCAUUAAAGGAAUUGAUUGUUUCCAGGCAGGUUUUAGUAUUUGAUCGAGGACGCAGAUAUCCUCGCUUUGUUCCUGUUGAAUUUUAUGGUGGCAAUUGA